AUGGGAACACCGUAUAGAAUACCGGAUUAUUCUGUUGGAAUUCUCGUUGUAAGUGAUACUGUUUAUCGGGGUGAGAAAACUGAUUUAAGCGGAGUGAAUCUUGAGCAAUUAUUGAAAAGCCAACAGCUAUUUCACGUAGCGUCAGUGUUACAGCACUGUGUACCGGAUAGCAUACCCGAAAUUCAGAGUGUACUGAAACAAUGGUCUGAUGAAAAACAUAUUGAUUUAAUUUUUACUGUUGGCGGUACCGGUUUUUCGCCAAGAGAUGUAACUCCUGAAGCUACAAAGGGAGUUAUUGAACGAGAAGCUCCACAUCUCUCAUCCCACAUGAUACUAGGGUGUUGCCAGAAAUCCAAAUUUGCAGUUCUCUCGAGGAGUGUAUCGGGAAUGCGAGGUCAGACUUUAAUAGUAAACCUUCCCGGUAGUAUCAAGGCUUCACGAGAAUGUUUGGAAAUGAUAGCGAGUAUCUUACCUCAUGCAGUUGAUCAGUUAAAGAGUGAAAAUGAAAAGGUCGCUGCUGAUCAUAAAAUAAUACAAGGUUCUUUCGCUGGCAGUAAAUAA